AUGAAGCUCCUCUCUCUUCUUCCUCUAGUAAGCACAGCUCUUGCCUACGCUAUCGAUCGUUCUCGAAUUAUCAUCCCUCGCGACUCGGAGGUCAAAAUCAACGACUUCACCUACAAUGGAGACACUGGCCCCCUUCACUGGCAUGAUCUCGACCCUUCCAACAAUGGUGCCUGUGCUUCAGGCCGUCAUCAGUCCCCCAUCGAUAUCAUCACCGAGGAAAUAGGCUUCGCUGCUCCUGGAUCCCUUCGUCUCAACAUUCCCAGCGCCAAUACCUCUACAUUCGAAAACAUCGGCUCCGGUCUGGAGGUUCUCGGCCAGGGGUCUCUGCUCAUGAAUGGCAGCCAAUACCCUCUGAAACAAUUCCACUUCCACACGCCUAGUGAGCAUCGCGUCAACGGAGAGUACUUCCCCAUGGAAGCUCACUUCGUCUUUCAGACAGGAAACGAAACCGCAGUCGUCGGCUUUCUCUUCCAGUUGACCGAGAACCAACCCUCCUUCGCCCCCUUCGACUCCAUAUUCAACCAUUGCGAAGAGAUCGCCGAGCCAGGAAACUCCACACAGACAGGGCCCCUUGACUUCCAUGCGCUGAGCAGACAUCUCGAUUUGAACCCUGUGUACGAUUAUACCGGCUCGCUGACUACACCGCCUUGCACGGAGCAGGUGAAGUGGUUUGUUAGCCAGCAGCCUCUGUCGCUGAGCGUUCGGGAUUACAAUGAUGUGAAAAGGGUGUUGAAGUUCAAUGCGAGGUAUACGCAGAAUACCCUUGGGGAAGAUAACUUGUUGGCGUGA